CUGGAGCUGCUGCGGGACAGCGUCCCCAUGGUGUCCCUGGCCGCCGCGGCCGCCGCACUGUACGCGCGCGUGGCCUCGUCGCUCCUCCGCCCCGGCCUCCCGCGCCUCCUCGCGCUGCUCCCGCUCUUCCCGUUCCUCGCCGCCGCUCCCCUGGCUUUCACUUCCUCCGCCAUCGCCCGGGGCACCGCCGCCUUCUUCCUGGCUUGGCUCUGCGCGUUCAAGCUCGCCCUCCUCGCCGCCGGCCGCGGCCCGCUCGACCCCGCGCUCCCCGUGCUCCCGUUCCUCUUCACCGCCUUGCUCCCCGUCAAGCUCCGCCGCGCUGGCAGCGCCGGGGCGUCCAAGGGCAGUCCUCUGCCGUCGCUCUGCUCUUGCGCGGCCAAGGUCGCCGUCAUAGCCGCCAUCCUCCGCGUCUACCAGUACAACGCUCGGCUGCAUCUCUACGCGCGCCGGGCCCUCUACGGCGUCCACAUUUACUGCUUCCUCGACCUCUUCUUCCCCUGCAUCGCGAUGGCCGCCGGCGCGCUCGGCAUGGAGACGGAGCCGCAGUUCGACCGCCCCUACCUGGCCUCCUCGCUGCGGGACUUCUGGGGCCGCAGGUGGAACCUCAUGGUGUCCGCCAUCCUCCGGCCGUCGGUGUACGACCCCGUGCGCGCGCGCGCCGGGAACCCCGCGGGCGUGCUGGCCACCUUCCUCGUGUCCGGGCUGAUGCACGAGGGCAUGGUGUACUACCUCAGCCUCCGGCGGCCGGACGGCAGGAUGACCGCAUUCUUCCUGCUCCACGGCGUUUGCUGCGUCGCCGAGGGGUGGUGCGCGCGGCGGUGGGCGGCGAGGGGCUUGCCGUCGCCGCCGCGGGCCGUGGCGACGGUGCUGGUGGUGGUGUUCGUCGCGGGCACGUCGUUCUGGCUCUUCUUCCCGCCGCUGUGCAAGGACGGUGUGGAGGAGAAGCUGCUGGAGGAGUGGGCUGCCGUUGCCGCCUUCUUCCUCGACGCCGGCAGAAAGAUUAGUCACGUUGUAAGUUCACGAGCGACUAACUAGUAGGAAAAUAAAUGUCAGAUUUAUUGGGACUCUAACCAAAUAACCAACCAUCA